CUUCGUUUGUGAUAUAUAGUUUCUAUUUGUUUGAUUGUGACAGAACAAUGUCCAGUCCAACUAAAAAAAUUGAACAAAUGCAACAACAUGCAAUUGAAUUAUCAUUAGAAGCUAUGAAUUUAUUCUCAUCUCAUGAUGAUAUAGCUGAUUAUAUUGCGAAAACAUUCAAAGAGACAUAUUCAGGUUGUUGGGAAUGUAAAGUUGGAACAACAUUUGGAAGCUUUGAUACAUGGGAUUUAGAAUACUGUUUUCGAUAUUUCGUGGACCAAUUGGCAUUCUUGCUGUACAAGUCAAAUUAAUCUCAUCUAAAUCUAACUUGUGUAAAUAAUUCGGAUCAUAUUGUACCCAUAAAAGUAUUUACAUCCAACCAAAUAUAUUGACAAGCAUUUUAUGCUUCCUCAUAUUAUGUAUCACCAUUGUAAAUAUUAAUGUAAAGUAGAAUAAAAUUUU